UUCGGGGAAUUAUUGGCAGCCAAGUUGUUUGUUUUACCAUCGCCCUGCUGCCAGACGGCCGUCGCACCAGUUCUCGGUUCAAGUUGAAGGCAAGGGAAUAUUAUUUUUAGCCAGUAGGCCACAGCUAAGUGUCACCCGUGUUCUGUGUGAAAAUUUUGUUUGGCUGCGACUGCAAAUAAAUCAAACCAUUUUUCGUAUCAAAUCUAGAGAACCAAGAGCAGGGAGAAAAUGCCCAUCAUUCGGCUGGAGUCUGCGGACAAGGAGAUCUUCGACACCGACCAGGAAAUCGCCAAGUGCUCGGAGACGAUUCGCACCGCUCUCGAGGAUCUGGGCGAUGAGAGCGACAACAGCAUCCUGCCGCUGCCGAAUGUCAACUCUCUGAUCCUGAAGAAGGUGCUUCACUGGGCCACCUACCACAAGGACGAUCCCAUGGUGGCCGAGGAGGACGAGAACAAGGAGAAGCGCACCGAUGACAUCUCGUCCUGGGACGCAGACUUUCUCAAGGUGGACCAGGGCACCCUGUUCGAGCUGAUCCUCGCUGCGAACUAUCUGAACAUCCAGGGCCUGCUGGACGUCACCUGCAAGACGGUGGCCAACAUGAUCAAGGGCAAGUCGCCGCAGGACAUCCGCGACACCUUCGCCAUCAACAACGACUUCUCGCCGCAGGAGGAGGAGCAGGUGCGCAAGGAGAACGAGUGGUGCGAGGAGAAGUAAUUGGGGGCACCCGCGAAAAGCUUUGAUGUGGAUUCCUAUAGAUAUUCUUAUAGAGUGCUGCAAUGAUCCAUACUAAUUCGAUUACAAUUCGCCAAUACCAGGAUUUUGUAGCACCUUAAACUAUCAAAAUAAAUAGAACAUUGCAAAUAUAA